GUUCCAAGAAAAUUUAUUAAAAAUAAAACAAAUGUUUUCCUUCGUUGUAGUCCUUACAUUACUUUGUGCCUUUUUAACCCACGCCUAUGGUCUGCCAAGUGUGAAGCCAAUCGAUGAUGUUCAACCGGAGAAAACUGUACAGGCUCACAACGAGAUUCGAGCAGCGGUCAAGGUGGCUCCAUUGGUAUGGAACGAAACCCUUGCGGUCUAUGCACAGAACUAUGCCAACAAGCUUUCCAAAACCGGAAAGUGUGCGCAUACUGACAUGAAACAUUCUGAUGGGCCUUACGGAGAAAAUAUCGCAAUUGGUUGGGUCCAACCCAAGGAUCAAAUGAGCGGUCCGAUCGCGGCUAUGUUUUGGUUGACAGAGAAGCCUAAUUAUGAUUAUGCCACCAACAAAUGCAAAGGUAUUUGCGGGCACUACACUCAGGUCGUGGCCAAUCAAUCAACCAGUGUCGGUUGUGGCUCGUACAGGUGUCAUAAUAAUGAGUUGAUUUGGAUUAUAUGUAAUUAUUUUUCGAAACCUAUGGGUGAUGCGAAUACUCGUCCUUAUUGAUGAUUUCAAUUGGAUAUUUGGAUGUAGCAAAGAGAAUGAAAAUGGUAAUGUGAAUUUAUAGAAAAGAUAAUAUAUUAAGUUAAUGACCCACUUUGGUAUCGUAUAGGGUGACAGAAUUUUUUUUAAUGUUAAGUUGAAUUAUUUGAAUAGUGGCUAUGUGUUGAUGUUAGUAUGUGUAAUUUAUAUUAGACGUAGGCACAAUUCUAGCAGCAAAAUUCGGUCUUCAGGCUCGGCCUUGUAUGCUCAAAUGUGUUUAGGAGCUUUAGGAUGAUGUUAAAGUCACCAUGAGACUCUGUGGUUCGUAUCUAUCUAUUUAUCUAUUUAUAUAAAAGAA